UUCUCCCCCAAGUCUGAUUUCGACCAAAUUUGCUCCUUCCCUCCGUUGCCCUCCGCCUCUGUAUUCAUCUCUGUAUUCUGUUGAAGUAAAUAUUUUGCAAAUUUGUCAACGCCGAUAUUCAAAUGAUAGGAAGCUAACAAUAUUUUUGUGACACAUAAUGGAAGCCAACUGAAAAGAACAGCAAUUACGAUAUCAACUUCUGGGCCAAUCACCAUCCUGAGCUGGUCUUGCAAAGUAUCGCAGUACUUCCUUCACAUGACCGAGUCUAAAGGUCCAUUCAUAUAGGAUUUUGUAUCUCUCAUAUGGCGGUGACUACAGCGGUCUCCAGACGUACUGAAAAUGCAUAAAGGUUCCACGGUUUCACGUAAUGGGGAGGCUGAUGAGCUCCUUGACAUCUCCCUAAAGAUGGGUACUGCCGAGGGGUCCUUCAAGAUGGUGGACACAGGCAAAAUGAUUUUCACCGAAGAGGAGCAGAAGAGUAUCGAAUGUGGUUUAGGAUUCUUCAGACCUCGGUGGCUUCAGAUAUUUGCCUGCAAACCGGUUCCCAUCAUGGCCUUUUCGGCGGCGAGCAUCGUACAAGGAAUGUUUUUCACCUACACGGUUGCUGUCAUUUCCACCCUUGAGAAGAGGUUUAAGCUGACCAGUCUGCAAAUAGGUAUAGUCCUCGCUGGAAACGACAUAUCGGCUAUCAUGUUCGCUCCUUUCCUUGGAUAUUAUUUAAAUUCCCGACACAGGCCUCGAUGGUUAGGCUUAGGUAUCCUCAUGACUGCUGUUUCUUGUUUUAUGACUGCCCUUCCUCACUUCAUAUAUGGUCCCGGGGAGGUAUUUGAGGAAGAACUGGUCGCCGAAGACGAAGCCAAAUUUAAUGUCAGUGAAUCUUAUUACGUCCCAGAGAUGGAGGGUUUAUGUGGUUUCAAGAGAGAAGGAGACCCCUGCUCUGCGCAAGAGGAUAGAGGAAAAGAAAAGUUGUCCGCCUUGGGACCAUUGGUCAUUAUUUUUGUCUCUCAGUUCAUUGCUGGUAUAUCUAUGAGCGUCUUCUACUGCAUAGGUAUUAGCUAUGUGGAUGACAACGUUAGCAAAAAGACUACGUCAGUUUAUUACAGUACAUACCUACUGCUGAGAACACUCGGACCUACCCUAGGAUUUCUUUUAGGAGGAAAGUGUUUGGAAUACUGGAUUGUCCUACACAAGACUCCGAGCUUUUCCACUAAGGAUCCUAGAUGGCUCGGUGCCUGGUGGCUUGGUUUUCUGAUUAUUGGCAGCGUUCUAGUCGUGAUUGGCAUUGGCUUCGCCUUCCUCCCUUUUCAACUGCCGGCUACACUUAUGAGAAAGAAAAGGAAAUUAAUGAAUUUAAACAUGAAAGACGAAGGGAGGAGAACAGCAAAUGAUGCCAAGUAUAUUUACAAUUUAAUGCUAAAGGGUCAAAGACAAAUUACUAAGCCAACACUGAAAAACAUGAUGAGAGUGACGAAAAAGCUGUUCGGCAACAAGGUCUGGCUGGCCAAUGCUUAUAACUUAUCGGUGUUUCUAAUGGCUGUCAGUGGCUACAAGAUCUUCAUGCCAAAGUACAUGGAGAAUCAGUUUCGUCAGAGCGCCAGUGAUGCUAACUUUUACGUAGGAGCGGUCAGUCUGUCAGCAACUUGUCUGGGUACAGUGAUUGCUGGAGCUGUUCUGAGGUUCGCAAGGCCCGGUCCUCGAGUCGUCAUUGGGUUUAACAUCUUCGUUACGAUUUUAUUCUGCUUUCUCUAUCUUCUGAAGAUGCUGGUCAAGUGCCCUCCUCUUGAGGCGUCUGGGUCACCUUUGGAUGGUGGACUUGGAUGUUCUUCUAGUUGCAUCUGCAUUACGAAGUUUUCUCCCGUGUGUUCGGAGGACAACACAACUCUGUUUUACUCUCCUUGCUCUGCUGGGUGUACGAUGGUGGAUGUGUCUGUUAAUCCUAAGGUAUAUGGCGGAUGCACUUGUAUAAGAAAUAAUUCAACCUUUACUUCGCAUUCACCCACAUCUGGUGCUGUAUCCAUACAAAACCGGGGAAGGCCUCAAUUUGGAACCGCCACAAAAGGUUACUGUCCAGAAUCUUGUGAUGCCAUCCUUUACUAUCUGGUGUUGGAAACGAUCGGCACAACUGCUCUUGCAACAGGGAAGAUUGGCACUACGAUUAUUCACUUAAGUAGAUGAAACCUGUUCACAUGGAACAAGCACACGGAGGCCACUGACUUGACACUCAUGCUUCCAAGAAUGUUGGUUUCAACCUCCCACCGCGAACCCUACACUGCAACAGUAAUUGAUCACUAUACAGUCAGUGAUUUUUCAUCGGCCUGGGGAAGACGCGAACCCGCGACAUCUGAGUGGCAUCUACACGACACUAACCACUGUACCAUCGACCAGCAAUCAAUCGUUAAAGUUGACUGUCCGACAAUGAGCGUUAUAAAUAAUCUGUUUUCCCCAUUAAACUCAAUUGGCCCUUUGAUGAUCGAAGUGUUUUUUUGGCGUUCAGCCGUUGCUUAUGAAGCCUUUGAUGCUUUAUCUGUUUUAACUAAAUCUGCCCUUUCAUUUAGAGUGGCCUUCUUUCAUUAAGCAUAUGAUAAAAGUAUUAUCUUUUUGGUAAGUUUGUUGUCUAUUUACAGGAAGUCAAAUGAAAAAAAAAGGGCCAAUUAAUGGAUUUUAUGAAGAGCUUUUUAUAGGAAGUUAUAUUUCAGCUUUCUCUGUCAGUUUCAUGUUGAUUGAACUGUGUGAGACCGAGGAAACAAAAUAUCUGGCGAAGCUGGUGGCGGGAAUUUCAGCACUUCUGACACGACUUCACACCGAUUUAUUUGGCUUUUGUGAUCCUUCGCUUAUUUUCUCGUUUUUUGUGUAUUUGUAAAUAUCCAUUUCUAUCUAUUUUGUUUUUCUUUAUUUGACAAUGGGUAAUCUAGAGUUUAAAGCUUGCCACGCAGAUUUCACGUCUUUAAGCAUCAUGUGUAAAUCAGGAAUAAUAACAAAACUGGUUGGUUAAUUUUGCUGCUGUUUUUGAAAAAGACAUUGUCUAAAUCAAAAUAAGAAAUCUAAUCUUAAAAUGGUUUAUUUAGCGGUGAAUCGCUCAGCGUUUAGCCUUCUUUAGGCCUCCUCUUUGAAAGUGAUCACAAUGCUUGAUUGGUAACUUUUGUAUGGUGUUUGUGGAAGGUCCAAUUCUCUUAAAAAUAGGCCAACAGCUGAGCCAUUUGAUGAUUAUUAGUUUUAAAAGGAAAUCUUCUCUUAGCUCCUUUAGCUUAGAAGUAUGUGAAAUUAUCAUGAAUCUUGUAUUACGUCAUGUUCCUUCAUAACUCCACUUUAUAACACUACUUGCAGUCAGUGAACUAGAGAUCCAGGUGUGCCUAACGCUUGCAAUUAGAUCAUAUCCCCCGAUUCCUCUUUAUUUUCUGAGUUUUUAUCAUAUCUUUGGAAUUCAGACUGCCAUACGUCAUAUGGGCUUCUAUCAUAUGCAAGUUCACUGAAUGCAACUACUAACACUUUUUCUGUAUAUGAAAACAGAAAGAGCGUUUACUUACUAAUAGACCUUUGCGUAGUCAUCGGAAUAUAUUGAGAAAUAAAUGGUAAAACAAUUUCUCCAACAUUCUUCACAAACAAACUUACGUAUGCUGACA